CCGCAGCGGAUCCGGAGCUUGGAGUGUCUGGAGCGGGAGGAGUUGGCGGCGGACCCCCUGUCACACAGCAGGGACCCAAGACGGGUAGGCUGAAAAAGAUGGUUCGAUUGGCGGCAGAACUGUUGUUGCUUUUAGGACUUCUACUUCUUACCUUACAUAUUACGGUGUUAAGGAGCAGCCCGCUGAAUCAAGGGAAUUUAACUUUGAGCCAGGAUCAGCAGUAUACAGUGAUUGCAGAGAAUAAUGUCAGAACAGAGAACAGUUUGGUAGCCCAGCAGGGUCCAGGGAAGUGGAGGGGAUCAGAGCCCCAGUCAGCCCAGAGGCCUGCUGCCCUCCCCUGGGCCCCGAGUCAGGCUACCGGAGGCAGCCUGCAGAGAGACAGGCCUGGGGCCUUCCUCCUGGACCUCAGCAACUUCCCUGACCUCUCCAAGGCUGAUAUAAACCAACAGAACCCAAACAUACAGGUGACCAUAGAGGUGGUGGACGAUCUAGAAGGGGCGGAGCAUGAGAAAGGCCUGAAGAAGGAGAACAAACCAGGUUUGGCCGCUCCCAACUGGAGAAACUGGUGGCAAACCACCUCCUCUUCAUCCUCCUCUUCUUCUUCGGUCUUGACCCCACGUCGACCCAAGGAGCAGGCUAGGGAGCAGCAGCCCACCUACAGAGGAGGAAGUGGCAGUAACACAGAGGAUAGUAACUUCCUAAAACCACUAGGGGGCGCAGGAGGAGGACGUGCCAACAAGGUUCAGGCUGAAUAUGACUAUAUAGAUGGAGACGGUGGCUGGAGUAACUGGUCUCCAUGCAGUGUAACCUGUGGGAACGGGAACCAGAAGAGGAUCAGGUCAUGUGGUUACGCCUGCAGCGCCACAGAGUCACGCACCUGUGACAUGCCACCCUGCCCAGGUAUUGAAGAUGCGUUCAAGACAGCCACCACUGAGGUCAGUCUACUGGCUGGAACAGAUCAGUUCAACGCUACAGAGCUCUUUGGUGUCGACACAGACAGCUGUGAACGCUGGAUGAACUGUAAGUCUGAGUUCCUGAAGAAAUACAUGAUCAAAGUCUCCAACGACCUCCCCAGCUGCCCCUGCUCCUACCCCACCGAGGUGGCCUACAGCACGGCCGACGUCCCCGACCCCGCCACACGCCGGGACAUCCGCUGGAAAGACGCCAGCGGCCCCAAGGAGAAACUAGAGAUCUACAAACCCACGGCCCGGUACUGCAUCCGCUCCAUGUUAACUCUAGAGUCCACUACUCUGGCCGCACAGCACUGCUGCUACAAUGACAACAUGAAGCUCAUCACCCGGGGUAAAGGAGCAGGAACACCCAACCUCAUCAGCAACGAGUUCUCUGCUGACCUCCACUACAAGGUCGACGUCCUGCCCUGGAUCAUCUGUAAGGGGGACUGGAGUCGCUAUAACCAGGUCAGGCCUCCUAACAACGGGCAGAAGUGCCCAGACAACCCCCUGGAUGAGGAUUACAUCAAACAAGUUGAGGAGGCAUGGGAGUUUUAGAACUGGAGAGAUGAACAUAUUAAAGGGAAAAACAUGUGAAAUAUUUGUACGAAUCUUGAACUUCAAUUGCUGCUUCAAACCAUCCAAAGCUAGAGUCCAAAUGAACAGGUCUGUCUGUUGAUAUCAGACAACGUAUUGCUCACAUGGACACAUCAUUGUCCUCAACAGAGACUAUGGACUUUAUUUUAAUAAAACCUAACUCAAAUGGUAAAUCUAACCACUGUCGCUAGGGCUACAGGUUCGGGGGCGUGUCAGAAAUAUUUUUUUGCUAUUUUCAUAACCAGAAUGAUUGUCCCAGUAGAAGGCGGUGGUGCAUAAGGGCUGGGUUUUGAUGGCAGGCGGUGGUGCAUAAGGGCUGGGUUUUGAUGGCAGGAGGUGGUGCAUAAGGGCUGGGUUUGGAUAGCAGGCGGUGGUGCAUAAGGGCUGCGUUUUGAUGGCAGGCGGUGGUGCUUAAGGGCUGGGUUUUGAUGGCAGGUGGUGGUGCAUAAGGGCUGGGUUUUGAUAGCAGGCGGUGGUGCAUAAGGGCUGGGUUUUGAUAGCAGGCGGUGGUGCAUAAGGGCUGGGUUUUGAUAGCAGGCGGUGGUGCAUAAGGGCUGGGUUUUGAUAGCAGGCGGUGGUGCAUAAGGCUGGGUUUUGAUAGCAGGCGGUGGUGCAUAAGGGCUGGGUUUUGAUGGCAGGCGGUGGUGCAUAAGGGCUGGGUUUUGAUAGCAGGCGGUGGUGCAUAAGGGCUGGGUUUUGAUAGCAGGCGGUGGUGCAUAAGGGCUGGGUUUUGAUAGCAGGCGGUGGUGCAUAAGGGCUGGGUUUUGAUAGCAGGCGGUGGUGCAUAAGGGCUGGGUUUUGAUGGCAGGCGGUGGUGCAUAAGGGCUGGGUUUUGAUGGCAGGCGGUGGUGCAUAGGGGCUGGGUUUUGAUAGCAGGCGGUGGUGCAUAAGGGCUGGGUUUUGAUGAAUGAACAAGUUGAUGCUACAGAAUGUCGAAGGCUUGUUGACCCCUCACUCGCCAAUCAGAAUGGGCUCCAUGGCUAAAUUAUGUGGUUUCUUCAAGCUGUGUAUUUAUGGUAUUUUAUGUAUUGCGUUGUCAUCAACUCCUAUGUUAGUCCGUAAUAGUUUGUUAAAGAGCCUACAGAAACAUGUAGACCUAUACUAUAUUUACUAAACAUAGUACAUUUUGUAGUAAAUGUUUUUGAACAGUAAUUGCUUCAAUAUGCAAAUAUAUUGUUAACAUAGCAUUCACCCUGAUAUACAGAGAACGUAUGUGAACCCUUUCAAUGACCUGGAUUUCUGCAUAAAUUGGUCAUAAAUUUGAUCUUCAUCAAGGUCACAACAAGACAAACACAGUCUGCUUAAACUAAUAACACACAAACAAUGAUAGGUUUUCAUGUCUUUAUUAAUCACACCGUGUAAACAACUUUGUAUUUAAUAACUGGUUGACCCUCCUUCGGCAGCAAUAACCUCACCCAAAUGUUUUCUGUUGUUGUGGAUCAGACCUGCAAAACGGUCAGGAGGAAUUUUGGACCAUUCCGCUUACUCUUAACAACCUCCUUACCAUCAGCCAAACACAGUAUCAUAACACAGUCUCCUUACCAUCAGCCAAACACAGUAUCAUCACAACACAGUCUCCUUACCAUCAGCCAAACACAGUAUCAUAACAACACAGGCUCCUUACCAUCAGCCAAACACAGUAUCAUAACAACACAGGCUCCUUACCAUCAGCCAAACACAGUAUCAUAACACAGUCUCCUUACCAUCAGCCAAACACAGUAUCACAACACAGCCUCCUUACCAUCAGCCAAACACAGUAUCACAACACAGCCUCCUUACCAUCAGCCAAACACAGUAUCACAACAUAGCCUCCUUACCAUCAGCCAAACACAGUAUCACAACACAGCCUCCUUACCAUCAGCCAAACACAGUAUCACAACAUAGCCUCCUUACCAUCAGCCAAACACAGUAUCACAACACAGCCUCCUUACCAUCAGCCAAACACAGUAUCACAACACAGCCUCCUUACCAUCAGCCAAACACAGAACCUUCAUGUGUAUGAUAUAUGCCUCUGUAAUGAUCAAUGUAAUGAUUAAAAGUAAAACUGCAUAAUG